GGCCAAGUGUGCAUCUGCCACACUAAAGGGAUGCACCAUCCAAGUAUAUGUAAGACAAGAAUUGUUUUGGGUGCAAAUGAAUGGGCACAUAAUUACAUUAUUGUAUUAGCUAAAGUACUGUAUCCAUUAUUAUGAUUUAAAUAAGCAUGGAGUCAGAUUGAUUCAUUAUCUGCAGCCUGCAUGAAGUCUGCAUACACAGGAUUAAUAGACCUCUCAGAGAUGUGGUUUGAGGUCAGAGCAAGGGUGCAAUUGGGGUAAUAAGGCUGAUUUUCCUAGUGACGUCUGCCACCUCGCGUCACAAGUAUGCUCAAUUCUCUAUGAAGUAUGAAUCUGUUCAAAGUUUUGAAACUGGAACAGAUUAGGCUAAUUAAAAGAAAGAAAGAAAGAUAGAAAGAAAGAAAAAAUAAGAAAAUCUGGCUUUACUCACCAAAUAAUUUUCAAUUCAUAGAAGUAACACUUGUACUCUGUAUCAUGGUUCUAAUUUGCCAGGUCAACAACCUACGUCCCAUCAGCUCAGGGUAGCAAAGUACACUAAGCAGUUUGGUCCACAAUGACCAAAGUGAUUGCACACAGUAUUGUUCUGUCUUUGAGACUGAGAAUACAACCUAAUUUUAUCUUCAGUCAGAGGGCUGCAGUCUGUGCCAAGCUGUACUCAGGUGAUGGACAGUGGCACGACUCUCCUGAGGGCUCCACUGUUCUAAUUGCAGAUGGAGCAGGUAAGGGGGAGAGGGCAGAGUAUAAUUAGGAACAAGCUUUCACAGGCGCGGCUCUUAUUUUACCGCACUGAGAGAGAGAGAGUGAGAGAGAGAGGAUGCUCCACUUACACAGAUGGAGGACUGUGUGCCUCCGUCGAUGAGUCUGCCUGUCGGUUGGGCCGGUGGCGAAAGCCUUGAGAAAAGCUAGAUCUGUGACACUUGCACUCUGUUAGCGCUUUCUUAAACGAGAAAGAAAAACAGCCACACAUCUUCUAAAUUAGCUCCUCAAAUAUUUGCCAAAAAGAAGCUUGUGGUUUUGUACCCAUUUCAAAAGCAAAUUUUACCAACGUAUGCGGUCUGGCGUUAAUUUAUAUUUUUUAUUAUUUGUGUGGAUGAAGUAUUUUGGUUCAGGGGAGUAUUUUAUAAUACGAUAUUUUAAUUCUGUUUAAGUCUGUCUGUCCUCAUGUGGGACAGAGAAGUAAAGAGCAAAAUCAAGCACUGCCAUCUCAUUCUCAUUCACUCUUUCACCAAAAGACUGCUAUCUCAUUCACCCUUUCACCAAAAAUGACUGCUAUCUCAUUCUCAUUCACUCUUUCACCAAAAGACUGCUAUCUCAUUCUCAUUCACCCUUUCACCAAAAAUGACUGCUAUCUCAUUCUCACUCACGCUUUCACCAAAAAUGACUGCUAUCUCAUUCUCCUUUACUCUUUCGCCAAAAAAGACUGGCAUAUAAGUCUUAUUCACUCUGUCAAGAAAAAUGACUGCUAUCUCAUUCUCAUUCACUCUUUCACAAAAAAGACUGGUUUCUCAUUCACUCUUCCACCAAAAAAGACUGCAAUAUCAUUCUUAUUCACGGUUUCACUAAAAAAAGACUGCAAUCUCUUUCUCAUUCACUCUUUCACAAAAAAGACUGCUAUCUCAUUCUCCUUCACUCUUUCACCAAAAAAGACUGGCAUAUAAUUCUUAUUCACUCUGUCAAGAAAAAUGACUGCUAUCUCAUUCUCAUUCACUCUUUCACCAAGAGACUAAUAUCUCAUUCUCAUUCACUCUUUCACCAAAAUGACUGCUAUCUCAUUCUCAUUCACUCCUUCACAAAAAACUAGUUUCUCAUUCACUCUUCCACCAAAAAAGACUGGUAUCUUGUUCUCAUUCACUCUUUCACCAAAAAGACUGCUAUCUCAUUCUCAUUCACUCUUUCACCAAAAUGACUGCUAUCUCAUUCUCCUUCACUCUUUCACCAAAAUGACUGCUAUCUCAUUCUCAUUCACUCUUUCACAAAAAAAGACUGGUUUCUCAUUCACUCUUCCACCAAAAAAGACUGCAAUAUCAUUCUCAUUCCCUCUUUCACCAAAAAAGACUGGAUCUUGUUCUCAUUCACUCUUUCACCAAAAAAACUGCUAUCUCAUUCUCCUUCACUCUUUCACCAAAAAAGACUGGCAUAUCAUUCUUAUUCACUCUUUCACCAAAAAAGACUACUAUCUCUUUCUCGUUCACUCUUUCACCAAAAAAGACUGUUAUCUCAUUCUCAUUCACUCUUUCACCAAAAAAGACUGGCAUAUCAUUCUUAUUCACUCAUUCAUGAAAAAAGACUGCAAUAUCAUUCUCAUUCACUCUUUCACUAAAAAAGACUGCUAUCUCAUUCUCAUUCACUCUUUCACAAAAAAAGACUGUUAUCUCAUUCUCAUUCACUCUUUCACAAAAAAGAUUGGUUUCUCAUUCACUCUUCCACCAAAAAAGACUGCAAUAUCAUUCUCAUUCACUCUUUCAUUAAAAAAAGACUGGCAUAUCAUUCUUAUUCACUCUUUCAUGAAAAAUGACUGCUAUCUCAUUCUCAUUCACUCUUUCACCAAAAAAGACUGCAAUAUCAUUCUCAUUCACUCUUUCACUAAAAAAGACUGCUAUCUCUUUCUCAUUCACUCUUUCACAAAAAAGACUGUUAUCUCAUUCUCAUUCACUCUUUCACAAAAAAGACUGGUUUCUCAUUCACUCUUCCACCAAAAUGACUGCUAUCUCAUUCUCAUUCACUCUUCCACAAAAAAAGACUGGUAUCUCAUUCUCAUUCACUCUUUCACUAAAAAUGACUGCUAUCUCAUUCUCAUUGACUCUUUCACCAAAAAAGACUGCUAUCUCGUUCUCAUUCACUCUUUCACCAAAAAAGACUGGUAUCUUGUUCUCAUUCACUCUUUCACCAAAAUGACUGCUGUCUCAUUCUCAUUCACUCUUUCACCAAUGCCUUCAUGCUUUUGAUCACUUAUAAUACAUUGAUCCUUCAAGGAAUGGAACUGAUUUUGAGUUUAAAUACCCAUUUUCUAUUACUUAGAAAGGUAGGAGAAGAUGCAGCACUACACUUGUAAUAAAUAUAUGUGUGAGGGAGGCUUGGGUGAAUUGAAAGCAGAUUUUUGGAUUUAUGUACAUAUGGAACAUACGGAUGUACUUGUAUGGCAGAUAAAACUGUAGGUCACAGAGACCCAAUUACAGAGUGUGCGGAUCCUAUGGACUGUGUGCUUGUCCCUUUAGAGGAAGUACAUUUAAGAACAUUAACUCAAGGCCUGCCUAUUGAACUAGAGAGUUGACAUUACUUCAGAUACUUCAGAUGUAUUCAUAUCCACUCAGAAUUACUUUCCACCCUCAGGAGGAGAGCCCACAACCUGAAUGGCUAUGAGUGCUGCAGUGGCUGCUGAGCAUGAGGCGAGCGAGAGUAGCAGUGUAGAUCACAGCCCAAGACCAUUGAUGUAGCGGAGUUAUUAAUUUUCUCUUGUGAAAUGAGAGGACAUGAGGGAUAAACUAGGGGGAGAUGGGUGCUUUUGACAUAAUACCAGCCAAUCACUGGCAGUAAAGUAAGUGAAGGGCUGUCACAUGAGUACUAGAGCUACCCAAGGACUUAAACCUCAAAAGAUAUACGGGAGAGAGGGAUAUGGGAAGCGAAGGAGGAAAAAAGAGAGGUAGAGAGAGAGAGAGAGCAUAGGCAAAUUGGUGUUUUUCUGGUAUUAAAUGGUAAACAACUCUGUUUUUAGUUGUUUUUAUACUGCAGGACUGGCGUUCUUGUGGAUUGUGGUGGGAUUCGGUGUUUCAGUGUCGGCCUUUUGUUCUCCUCAAGCACUUGGGCUCCCUGAACGGCUGAGGCCAUCGUUGGAGCAAGCAAGGAAAAAAUAAUACCAGAGAUGUCUAAAAGCAGAGGCUAAAAGCGGCCUGAGCUAGCGGCCUGCUAAAAAAACAAAGCACUGCCCAGGGGAAGAGCGAAGGGUCGGGCAGCGUGGUCCGGACUUGCCACAGCCGCGUCUCUCUGCGUCCCCUCACUCCCUUUCUCACCUAUAUGUAGACGAAGGCUCACAGCAGGGCAGUAUAGCCGAUCUGACCACAGGUAAACAUGGCCACACCACAAACGUGCUCACCUAGCACCAUAAUGGACAAAAAUACCGCACUGCAAUGAAUGCAGGCUCACAUAUCAUCAAGGGGAAUGCUUGAAGAAAAAGUUCUUAAAAGCAGCACACUGACUGGAGUUAGUUAUAUCAUUCAGAAGCCACAGUCUGAUUUAUUGCUGAUAGCUUUUCUGUCAUCACGAUUUGUGUGUGUACUGUAUUUGUACCUUAACUUACAGAUAUGUGUUGUGUUUAAAUUAGUCCAAAGCUCUUUCAGUUUGUGUAGACUGCAGAGGUGAGAAAAGAAGGCCUGGUUGAGCGCAGCUACAGGUCAAGGAGCUGCGCCAUGGCGAUUAUACCGAACAGGAUGUUUACAGUAAGGUUAUAUUUACUCUACUGCUUUGGUUUAUAGAUUUCAAUCCGAGCAGAGUUAUAGUCAGUGAGUUAGGUUUAAUGAAAAGCACAUUAUCACUCAUUCACUUUGCAAACUACUUGAAACACAUGACAGUCACCAGUUUAAAUCUUGAGCAUGUAAUACCUAAAUAAUCAGCUCAUAAGCGAUAGGGUCACGUGACAGACAAUUUACUAAGUUCCCGUACAUCUAAAGAUAUCUACUUUUUUUUAAAAUUUGAGCUUUAUUUCCACAUAUAGACAUGGGUGGAGGGUUCCAGUGUGUACUCACAAUUGAAAGUUGAAAUCCAGACUAGGAAGGAAAUUGAAGUGGACUCAUUGAACAAACUUCAUGUUAACAAAAGAUUAAAAUCUGAAGGAAGUAAUAAUGGCAACUCCCACACAGCCGCCGAAAACCGGGAGCUGCUGCUGGACCAAGCUAGCGUGUGCUAAAGACCCCACCUCAGCUCAAAUUUGUCAUCAAUAGUGAUUUAAAGCAGACAAGUGCAAUCAGAGACCAGCGUCCAGAUGCACCAAAACCAAAACACUGCCCUCUGAUCUUGGAGUCGACAUGUCAACAGCUGGCACUCAAUCACACUACUUCAGAAGAGCAGAAUUCAUCGGAUUGACUUCCUAAUCAGUGGAAAUAAUAAUGACUAAUGCCAUUGUCUCCUAAGCUUUAAUCAACAUAUACACUAUCUCUUCAUAACAGCCUUUCCUGGACAUAAAUUAGACUUCUUUAAAUGAAGAGAAAAAGAAUAAGAAGUACAGGAAGAGAGAAAAAGGGACAAAAUAAAUGAGAGAGCGAGCGAGAGAGAGAGAAAGAGAGAUGGAAAGAGAGCCAGAGAGAGGAAAGGCAGAAAUAUCCUGACACUUAAUAUGGUGGCUGGCAUGUUAUGGAAAGCUCUUAAAAUGAAAGGUAUAGCCUGAACAGCCAAGCGGAGCGAUCAGGGAUGUUGUGUGAGUGAAAGCCAGGCUUGCUCACCAUCGCUCAGUGCCACGACCCAAAAGCGUACAUUCCCACAGCCCAGAGCACCACUUUAAAGAGCACCAGGGCCGCUCUGGUGCGCCACUGCUCCGCCACUCCCUCAGCUCUGAAAAAGCAAAUAUCAAUAAAUUCAUUAUGUACUUUAUAUUUAUAUAUUUGCGCUCAUGAGCUUUUAUAUAAUUAUUUGCAUUUGCAGUUCUUGAUAUUUUUAGAGUAGUAAUGGACUUUGCUAGAACAGUGCAUGAGAGUGUGUGUGUGUGUGUGUGUGAGGGAGAGAGAGACAGAGAGAUGGAUGAAGAAUGGGAGAAAACAUUGUGCUCUGUAAGGCCAGAUGUGAUAGGAACUCACAUCGGCUCAAUGCCCAGCUGUGCUGGAGUGAUCCAGACUCAAAGGUGUGUUUUCUUGGUGCAAUAAACUGUGUAGCACUG